AUGUCUAAUAUAAUUUCUGUUCAUUAUGUUGUUCAGUUUCUCAUUUUUAUCUAUAUUAUUCCUAUUUAUAUUACUAUUGAAACUAAAAUAAAAAUUGUUUUUCUCAAUGGUUUAAAUGUAAUUCGUUGUUCAGAUAAUGAAGUACAAGUCUAUACAUUACCAUAUUAUACUUCGAUAUCAUUCAGAGAUUUAAUAACAUGUGGUACAAAAGACGAAAUUUAUUCUCAAAAAUAUACUGGUUUUAAAUGGGGUAAACUAAAACUUAUUUGUUCCUACGAUAACACUCAAGUACGUGAAGAACAAGUUGUUGUAAAAUCCAAGAAUGGUGAUAUUAAAGAUGUUCCUUCUGCUAAAGGUCAAUUAGGUCAAUCGACAGAAUUGUACGAAUUAGAAAUCAAAUCUAGUUUUAUUUUUGACACCAGAAUAGUAUCUAGUAAACAACCAGCAAAUGAUGCAUACUUUGAUGAAAAUACUGUACCAAAAGAAAGAAGAAUAUAUAUAUGGUUUCCGGAUCAUCCUAUUAUUUGUCGAAUAAUAUUUACUGGUGAUGAUGAUAAUCCGUGUCCUUCAAUGGAUAAUCAAGAUAUAGAUGAUGUUAGUUAUGCAUGUUAUUAUAAUCCAGGUACCAAUAAAGAACCAACGGCAGCACUAAUGGAGGCUGAAUUGAAACAAAUAGAAGAAGCAGAUGAAAAGCCGAGUACUAACGCAUAUGUCUUAGAGUUAGAAAUACCGGUAUGUAUAGAAUGUCAUCUUAUUGAUUUAAAAACUUCAAUUUAUAGGAAAAAAUUUAUUUGA